CAGUAUCAGGCAUCUGUGGGGUCUGCAGGAGGGAAAGGAGGCAGGAUCAGGGACACGGUCGGCAGCAGACAUGGACUUGCAUUGCGAUUGUGCGGAGACUCCAGCAGUCGAGCAGCCGUCCGGGAAGAUUAACAAAACGGCUUUCAAAUUAUUUAAAAGGAGAAAAUCUGGGGGCACCAUCCCCAGCAUAUUUGGGGUGAAAAACAAAGGUGGGGAUGGGAAAGACUCGAGUAAAACAGGGAUGGUGCGGAGCAAGACUCAUGAUGGAUUAGCUGAUGCUGUGCUAGAAAGCAGCAAGAAAGAGGAAUCGAGCAGUGGUGGUGGUGGCAGUGAUCAGCAGAACAAGGAUAUAAACACUAGGGCUGUAGCCAGCCUGAACGUUUCAGCAAACAGCUCGGUGGCGAAGUCGCACAGUUUCUUCUCUCUGUUGAAAAAGAAUGGGAAAUCGGAAAAUGGCAAAGGAGAGAACGCAGAUCAGAGGGCUGGCAGCAGACAAAAGAAAGGGCUGAAAGGGAUCUUCAGCAGUAUGCGAUGGCAUAAAAAGGACAAAAAUGGCAAGGAAGAAAGGGGGGAAACAUCAGAAAUUCAAUCCAGCCUCAUUAUGCCUGGUUCUUUGACGGCCAGCUUGGAAUGCAUCAAAGAGGAGACACCAAAACCUUUGUCUGAAACUCAAAACACCACAGAAGAAAUUAACAUUGAAUUGUCUUGUGAGAAAUGUGGCAGCGAUGUGCACACUACAGCAGAUGAGCCUGGAGUCAGAGAUGGGGAGUUGCAGAACAACAGAAACAUACCAGGAGAGGAUCCUGCUAGUGCUGGAAACCGAGGCGAGGAGAACAACCCUGAGGUACCGGAUCCGGGUGCAGGAGAGGUUGGGACUGCGAAGGAUGCAGCCAUAACAGGCUGUGGAGAUAUUAUUGCGGACCAGGAGGAUGAAGUGGGCAGCAGCAGUGGAGGCUGUGACAAGAACGCCCCGGGGGCCAGCAAGCCAGGCACCUCCAAAAAGAACCCAAAUGUUGUGGCCUACCAAGGAGGAGGAGAGGAGAUGGCAAGUCCAGACCAAGUGGAUGACACCUACCUUCAGGAGUUCUGGGAUAUGCUGUCACAAACAGAAGAGCAAGUCCAAGACAUCCCUGGUGGGGGAGGGAUAAAAAAGCCUGACAUCUCAAGGGAGAGCAAGUGUGUUGAGGGGGCCCAGAAUGGUUCAAUGGUUAAACGCAUUGGUCUCAACCAGAUUCCAAUUCAUCUCAACCACAAAGAGGAUCAAAAGAACAGGGAAAAGGAGCAGCAAGAGUGCAUCCCAAACAGUGAUGAGGGCUAUUGGGAUUCUACAACUCCUGGUCCUGAGGAAGACAGCACCAGUAGUGUCCAGAAAGAGAGCAUACCGAGGGACAGCUACAGUGGCGAUGCCCUCUACGAUCUCUAUGCCGACCCAGAUGAAAAUGUAGCAGGGGUGCCUUCUGAUGAAGAGGUUACUUGUGUGUCGCGCUCUAAACCAGUGUCACCCAUAACAACCAUGUGCCCACUUAAAACACCUGCAGGUUCUGUCAAGGACUCUAAGAUACCUAUCAGCAUUAAACAUCUUUCAUCGCUUCCUGCCAGCCAUGCAACAGAUGCAAGUAACAGCCAUCAUGCUGCACACCAUCAUCCGGCCAAAAGUGAGAUACCCAGAACAAAAAUACCUGUUUCUAAAGUACUUGUACGUCGGGUCAGUAACAGGGGCUUAGCAGGGACAAUGAUCAAAGCCACGACAUUCCAGGACAGUGCCAGAAAGUAGCUGAAUAGGAACUAGAGGCAAAGAUGGAUGGUGGGUUAGAAGCAGGGAAGUUUUCACUGAGGUCACCAACAAAAUGUUUUGCAACACCUAAAGAAAGGCUGUCACAAGGACCCCUUCGGUGUGCCAUGAGAGCCUGCACUUCCACACUUCUCCUGGAGAUAGUAUAUCUAUAAAUACAACAAUUCAAAUUAUUUUGAAGCACUUUUUUUUUUUUACAUUUCUAUCCUUUUUUGGGAAGUAGCUUUUACAAGCCUUUGCAAAAGCAGGACUUGGAUUAUGAACCUAAAAGGGCAUUUCUCCGGUUGCAAAUUAGUGCCAUGAGUUAUUCAAGGGGACAGAUUACAGAAAGAGAGGAACAAGAAGAGUUCUCCAAUACACUUAGCUUUUACUGAUUUCUUUUGGCCUAAACUGGAAAAAAGAAAAAAAUGUUUCUUCUACAAUAUAUGGAAAAAUGCCAAGCAAAACACAGACAGACAACCCAACGGGUAUUUUCCUGAUGUUCAAACAGCAGCACUGAUCAGCAGCAGACUUGACUUACUUGCAUCUAGUAAGCUAACUCAUGAGUUAGGUGGAUUUCUAUAACUGGAAGAAAUAUUUUUGUUUUUUUGUUUCUCUGUUUGUUUUGGCUCUGCUAUCAUGUAAAUGGAUAACAGAUGCAUCUGGCAUAGGGUCAGAUGUUUACUUCAAUAUUUGUCCGAUGCAUAAAAUCAGGUUCAGGGAAUCAUUUUACUAAAUGCCAAUAUAUACACAACUUUCACAUUUAUACAAUAAAUUACUCUUUAUGUGUAGAUAUAUGCAUAUUUUAACAGUUUUACUCAAUCCUACAGAUUUUUUAUAACAAAACAUCUGUCUGUAUUAUCUAGAGUUUAAGAAAAAGUUAGUUUUUAUAGCUAGAUAAUUUUACAAUUCUGAAAUGAUGGAACUUCCUUUAAGUACCUUGAAGUAGAACAAAACUCUGUUUUAUAUUGCCUCUUGCAUCCCCAGAUAAACAAGUCUAUUGUGCUGGUUUUAUUAGAGUGACACAUUCAUUGUGCCAGAGCCAAGGUUCUGACAACAUUGCAAGUGCAAACCUCUAUUUUCAGGGGUUUGGACAAAUUUGCUCUGGGCUGAAACCCUGCAGAGAACGAAUCCUGGAAAGAAACAUUUUUUAAAAAUACAUUAUAUUUAAAAAUGUGUGAAGUUAAUUUUGGCUAUUUAAAGAAAAAAUUGGAUUUAUUAUUCAUUCUUAAUAACUUCAAUGCUUAAGAGAGAAGAGGAGUGUGGUAAGCUAUUGCUCUGCGAAAUAGUCUAAUCAACUUUGGUCCUGUGAAAAAUAUAUUAAUGGCCAAGCUGCUUCUUUAAAAGUGGCUACUAUAUAUGGGCAUUGACAACUUUUCAAAGAAAUUGCAGAAGGAUGCUAUGAUGUGCCUACAGAUAUAUUUUCAUGGUAAACUGAAACAACUCCAAAGGACAGCAGAGUCUAAUGGGUAAAUACUGUGGAUUUACAGAAUACUCUAAAAUAUGUAUUUAACCAACAGACCACAAUUAAUACCAAGUUGCUGUUUCAGUGUAUCUGAAAAAUAAUAUAUGUUUUUAAAAAGUUUUAACUAUUUGUAUUAUGCAGAGAAGCCUAAAUUUAAAUAAGGGAAUCUAAUGGGUCUGACCUUAUAUGACAGUUUGCUUUAUCCUCUUUAGAUUUGAAAAAAUAAAAUAAAAAUACAAAAUAUAACUUUAAAGAAUAUUAAGGUUGUAAGAUGAACUGUAAAAACCAAGAAAAUACAAUAUUUAAGGGCCCAGUUCUUCCUCCCUUUAUAUUGGUGCAUCCUUAAUAUCACUGCAGAGGGUGUUGAGUAUGUGGAUAGGAGGGUAGGAUUGGGAGCUAGCUCUGAAAAUAACUCAUUGCUUAAUAAUGACUUACAUCAUCCUAGUGGUGAAGUCGAGGAAGAAGUGCCAGCUUUUCUAUUCCAUUCCUGGCUUUAUCAGUUUAUGUCAGAACCUUAAUAUACUCAAAGAAGUUUAUUUUAUAUGUAAUGGUUUUGUAAUGUGCAUGGUUGUAUACAUGCCUACUCAUGCAUACCUAUUGUACAUAUAUGCAUGUAUAGUCAUACAUACCUAUGCUUAUACCAUACAUGCAUACAAAUGAACAUGCAUAUCCAUGUAUAAACACACUGUGCAGACACUGAGGAAACAUAGAGCAAAUCUAUCUCAAAACAUGUUGGCAAGAACAAGGAAGGGAUUUGCAUUUGACCUGAUUCUGCUUGUAUUUUUGUAGCAACUAAAGCUGCAGUAUUCUCUAAAGGAUGGAUGUAUAGAAUAUGGAAUUUGAAUCCUAGCCUCCUAGCCAUAAAGCUUGCAGUCAUGUUUUUUUCUCAUCUGACUUUAAGGAUUAUGUUCUUUGCAUAAUGAUUAAACAGCAAAUUCAAACUUGCCCGUUUUGUUUAAGGACAAAUUGUACAGAAAGAAUUGUACAGGGAAUUGAAAGUUGAGGUGGAGAGAGGAUGUUGUGAGCUUGUGACACUGUAAAGUAGGAAGAGUCAAUUACAGGUGGUAGAGUUGUGCAUCAUUUUAAAACACUAGUAAAAUAACUUAUCAUCUAUAUACAGAACUUGUUUUAAAAAGUAAUAUACAUUUAAUUUACACUGUGGCAUGUAUGUAUCAAGAAAAAAAUAGAAAAUAGAAUAUUUUUAGAUUAGUUCCCUCACACUGAUGUCUAACAAGAACCACCAUUAAAAUCUGUUGCCUUUCCUUCAUUUUUUCUCUCUUUCAUUUUGCCACCCUGCUUUUACUCCUGUUGCUGCAUGCUGACUGGCAAAAAGUCAAUAUAAAAAGCAAGCCUCUUGCAAGGAGGGGACAGGUACCUGCCUACUCCAUUUUACAUGGACUUGGUACUAGUCACUUUCUCCAGCUUUAUAUUUUGUACCUUAUGUAAGUAAGAUUUACAGAUCUCUUGGUGGUUCACUUAACUGCUUGCAAUGUAUAUAUUUAAAAGACAAUCAUAUCCUUAGAGGAAGAAUGGUAAAAUAACAUGUGGUAGGGUGUCAGUGUUUUUUUAUCAGAACAACAUGCUUGACAUUAGAUUCACGAUUCAGGAUAAUGAUUGUGUGGGAGCAAAGAAAUUAAAACACUGUUUAACACUUAAAUUAACUUUUAUUCACAAAAAUCAGUCUUUAAGCCAAUUAUGUUUUAUUUUAAAAUAAUAUGUAAUUUAAUACUUACCAGGCCUUUUUAUUAUAGUAGAAAUAUAUUUGUAUGUUAUAACUUCACAUAUUGCCUAAAACAAAGCACUAAAAAGGAAUUCAAAAAGCUUUUUUUAAACAUGUACUUAAUUCCCUUAAGUAACCUGUAAAGGUCUCUGAUAUGCUUAAUGAUUGAACAAUUGAUGACAUGUUGGAUUUAAGAGGUUGAAGCAUAAAGAGUUAAUAGUCCUGGAGGCAUUCUUCGGCAAUUUGCAUUUUAUUUUUUAUAUUAUUUUGUUUAAGCAUACAUUUUCUAUGACCUUGGUGGGUAUCAAGGUAGAAAUGAUCUUCCAGGUCCCAAAGACACCAUUCUUCAACGAUGUCCUUGUCUUUCUUUCUUAAAGAACACAUGAUUUGUUUAUAAUUGUGCUUGGGUUGACACUGUAUAGCUAUCAGCCUGUCACACAUAAAGAGUUUUAUAGAUCA